AUGAAGGCGCAACUUUUUGCAGGCCACUUGGCCGUGGCCCUCCUCUCCUUGUCUCCGGUAGUCUCUGCAUUGUCAUGGCCGAGAUGGCUCCCAGAACUUGACACACUCGUUGUCCGGCAGGACGAAUCCUCAUCAGCGUCACCAUCCAGCUCUGCGACCGGCGACGAGGAAAACAAGGAGACACAAACAACUUCGGAGUCGUCCCAAGACCCGUUCGAGCCCAUCACCACAAAUCUCAACACGGGCGGCAUAACCCGCUCCGGGUCCGCGACGGGCACGGUCCGCCAGACGGGCAACAGCACGCGAACGAGCGCGCCCAAGAAGACGACAUUCAACCCCCAAGACCCGGCCGGCGGCAUCGUCAUGAUCACCCCGGCCGCAACGGCCGGCACCCAGCUCUACAAGAUCGGCGACUACGUGACCUGGGGUUGGAACUACACCAACCUGCAGGCCGACCCGACAGCCAUCGACAUUUACGUCAAAUGCAGCCUAGUGCCGCAACCGUGGACGCUCACCCAGAACAUGUCGUUCGCCUCGCCCGGCUCGUACACGUGGGACACUGGGGCCUUCCGGAGCGCCCACGCCGGAGACCAGCUGCCGGUGGACCAGUACACGCUCGUCAUUGCCGACGCCGACGGCGGCAUCAGCGCCACGCCUGAGGCGGGAUACCUUGCGCCGUACGCGGGCUUCUACUUUGGUAUGUACACAGGACAGCCUUAUGUGAAUUCGGACGAGGGGUGGCAGUGCGCUUCAUGCAGCGGCGCCGCCGGGUCUGGGCUGGAUCGGCAAGCCCUGGGCGUUGCGGUUAUCAUGAGUGCCGUCACGGUGCUCAGCUUCACUUGGUUUGUUGCCGGGGUUGGGGCGUUUGUCUGA